AUGCCGGUGCCACGGACAGACCGCGCAGAACGCCGUUCCCUCUUCAACCUGGCCGCCGCCCUCGGCCAAGCAGCAUCUAGCUCGGGUGGUCCACAGCAGUCCAUCACGACCGUGCGGAUACUUCCGUACGCAGCCGGUGACCUGUUCCGCAUUAUCGCCAACGUGGACGCGUAUGCCAAGUUUCUGCCGCACUGUACCCGCAGCCAUGUCACCCAGUGGAGGAACACGCCGUCUCUACGCGAUGGAUCGUCGUCCUCCUCCUGGCCCGCUCGUGCCGAUCUCACCGUUGGCUGGGGUCCGCUCUCGCAGACGUAUUCGUCCCGUGUCUACUGUGUCCCCAGCCACGGUGUCGUCGAGGCCGUAUCGGGCCGGGCUGGUGCGCCGACACUGACCGCCGCGGAGCGCGAAGAGAUUGGACUCGAUACGACCGAGGACGAGGAUGGCAGGCGGUUGGGUGCCCAAACGGCCACAGAUGACGACACAUUCGAGAGCCUGGUGACGCGGUGGACUGUGGUGCCGUUGAAGGCGGCCAGUCGUGACGGGGCAGCAGCAGGACCAGCAGCAGGACCAGAAGCAGGACCAGCAGCACAACCGCCAAAAACAAAGGUGGAGCUGCAUAUCCGAUUCCAGUUCCGCAACCCGCUGUACCAAAUGGCGGCUGCCCAAGUCGGCAAUGAGAUGGCGACCAAAAUGAUUGAAGCGUUCGAAAUGCGGGCUGCUGAGCUGUUGGGCCGGAGGCUAUGA